UCCAACGAAAUCAAUAGUGUUUUCCUUCCGCAUUUUAAAGUGCAGGACUGUGAAACUUACAAACAGCAACACGUAUUUACCAUGAUUUCGAUACGUAAACAACGAGAAGAUGCUUCGUGAACGUAUCAUGUCAGAUGUUAUGAAUUAUUGCUGAUUCUGAUCAAUGAAAGCGUGAUAGAUUAUAUUUCAUACUUCCUGCUUCUCGACUGCUGCUAUGGUUUGUUUAGCCACGACACUCGAGUAAUUCACUUCAGAUCGAACGGAAUGGCUUGAAUAUGUCAAAUGACAACACGCAUCCGCAUAUGAUCUCGCGUACUUGCUCGAAACGAUGGCAGAGGAAAGCGUACGGCUUACGCAGCAUGAAUACGCAGAGGGGUCCGGUCUGGCCGAGGCGUUCGAGAUUCUCUCUCAGGCCACCGAGGAGCGAUUACUCAGCCUCACUUACAAAAUGGGCAACACGUGUGCAGAGGUGAUGGUUCAUGCGAUGUGCUUGAUUCUUUUGAAGAAGAACGAAGAUGCUCACGCCAAGCUGUUGGCAAACCGUGACAGUAAGGUUGUGAACUUCUUGGCUGAAAUGAUCAAGGCGCACGGAGAAAGUCUGAACGGGAGCCACGUUGGGGGUUUUAAGAUCUCAGGCCCCGACGUCGAGGCGCUGUUGGAUAUUGCAAGAGUAUUUGCUGUAUUGGUGCGGGAACGAUUAUGCGAAGCGAAGCUCCGAGAUCAAGCAUAUAGCGUGGCACUUGCAACUAGCAAGAGGGCAAAUUUGCGAUCUUUAGAUGUUGAAAACAUCUCGGAGGAGAUCAAAAAUGCCUGUGGGUUUCAGACUAGUGAUGAAUUUUCAAGUUGUGAAAAUGGCGGGUUGAAAUCUCUAGACGUAUCGGUUGGAAACGUUAGCCAUCCAUCCUCGCUGCGAUCCAGUUCGGUAUGUAGCUCGCACACUCUGGAAAUUAGCUCGCCAACCAUUGCGGAGUCUCGUAUGGAAGAAUCAAAGCCGAUGAGUCUACGCACAUCCCAGACUAGAGAAACCUGUCGAGACCAAGCACUACGUUGUCCUGAUAGACCGACAAGUAUUCCCGCAACCGCACUACAGACACCUCGCACAUCAGACGUCGCAAAUGGAUCGACCAGUCCAAAACCCAAGCCGUGUUUAGAUCGCAGCGGAAGCUCACGGCUCCUGACGUCCAAAAACACAGAUCCAGGUUUUGAUUUUUCAUCCAACCCAACAAACGCAUCCAAAGUGGAGUCUCAACCUGCAAACUUUAACCAAUAUACCAAUACGCCACAACCCCAUAGGAACUUCAUCCCUCAGGCUGUGAGCGAAGUCGAGGACGAGUUUUACUCCUUCGUCAUACUGCACGAACCGGAAGACGCGGAUGAAGCUCAAAGGCUCAAGAACAAACUUGAAGGAAUAAUCUCAGGGGUCGGAGUGACGUUCUCUGAAUUCGAAGAACCCGGCCGGUCCACCUUGUGCUGCAUGGAGGACGCCAUCAACAACUCGGCGUUCACUCUGCUGCUGCUCACCCGAAACUUCAACACCAACCUCAGCGAGACGAGCACUGAUUCGGCCAUCUUCAACUCUCUGGAAAAGCAUCACAAGAGGCACUCGGUCAUCCCGUUGCUGCCUCAGGAGAACUGUUUGCCGAAGGACCGGCGACGGCUGGUGCUCCGCGGUACCGUCCCUCUCGACGAGAGCAGCAGGACGUUCGAACGCGCAGCUUUGAGAGCGAUGGCGCCGAUGAGGGUGGCGAUCCAAAGGGAGGUGUGGAUGAAAGAGCAGCGAAUUAAGAAGGCGACGGAGGAACGAAGGCGACUACAAGAGGACAGAAGUAGAAAUAUGGACCUUAGACGGGAGACAGAAAGAUUGGCGCGGCUGAGAUUCGAAACUGACAUGUCUGGCUCGACGCCUGUAUAUCACGCUGCUAUGGAUCAAGGCCGCGGACCGAUGCCAAUGCACGCAGCCGCUCAACCAGGCGCCUGGCAGCAGCCCUCGUGCAUCCACAUCGGGAACGCGCAGAACGUUAUGAUCGGAAAUAACUCGACGAUGAAUAUCGACCAUGUUCAACACAGCUCAGAAGAAGAUGAUUGAUUAAAGUUGCUAUUACUCUGUAGGAAUAUUGUUGGUUUGAUAUGGAGGUGGUUCUCAGUUAUUCUAAUGAUUUUUCACAUAUGCCUAAAUGCCCGUUCACACCAAGAACCACAACUACAAAGUUCCCGAGUUCACACCACAACUACAACAUUAAAGACACAGAAGAACAAUAUAGUUGAGAUCACUUUCAGGGUGUUGUUUUUUUUCAGAUGUGAAUGUUAAAACAUUGACAGAAAAACUACAUUUAUUUGAUUAGUCAAUGCUCUUGGUGUGGACUGGCCUUAAGCGUCCUUGCAAUAAAAAUAUGAAAACUCAUAUUUAUAAUGUUCAUUGAUAUUUUCACAAAAUAGGUUUUUAAUCAGAGAUGUUUGUUGGGUAUUUUUCAGAUAAAUAUAUGUUUAGCGAAAAUUCCCAAAUCUGUGGAAAUGUUGUACAAAUAAAUGAAACUAAAUCAAAUCACUGUCAUCACAAAGCCUGUCUUAUAUUUACGGAGUUUGAAAAAAAGUGUUUAUUUAUUAAAUUGACAUACAAUUUAUUGUAUGGGUGACAGUGUGAUGUUCACAGCAUAAAUGCUUUGUACAUAUACAGUACAUAUACUUCGUAAAUAGUUAAUUAAGUUCCAAUAAUAAUAAUCAUAAUAAAACAUUUUUGGAAAUCUAUUUUGAUAGGGAUGCUCUGAUACCAUUUUUUAAUGACCAAGUACGAGUACCAAUAUUUGUUUUCUGGUACUCCCCAAUACCGAUGCGUGUUUUUUUUUUUUUUUUUUUGGUGAGGUGCACUUUUCCAAGCACGCACUUAACACACUGAAACUAAUACGUCUGCCUCAAAACACAUUAUGAAAAAAGACUAAUUUAUGUGCUUGUCACAAACUUGACCUUGGCUGACCAACUUUAUGGAGAUGCAGAUUUCAUUUUCCAACAGGACUUGGCACCUGCACACAGUGCCAAAGCUACCAGUACCUGGUUUAAGGACCAUGGUAUCCCUGUUCUUAAUUGGCCAGCAAACUCGCCUGACCUUAACCCCAUAGAAAAUCUAUGGGGUAUUGUGAAGAGGAAGAUGCGAUAUGCCAGACCCAACAAUGCAGAAGAGCUGAAGGCCACUAUCAGAGCAACCUGGCCUCUCAUAACACCUGAGCAGUGCCACAGACUGAUCGACUCCAUGCCACGCCGCAUUGCUGCAGUAAUUCAGGCAAAAGGAGCCCCAACUAAGUAUUGAGUGCUGUACAUGCUCAUACUUUUCAUGUUCAUACUUUUCAGUUGGCCAAGAUUUCUAAAAAUCCUUUCUUUGUAUUGGUCUUAAGUAAUAUUCAAAUUUUCUGAGAUACUGAAUUUGGGAUUGUCAUUAGUUGUCAGUUAUA